AACUCAUUUUGCAGAGCGGAACAGAAAACUAUCGUGUUGAAUGGAGGACGCCAACGAUCUGAAGCUUCGCUUGCUGAAAAUUCGAUGAGGAGGAGGAUAAGAAGAAGAGGGAGAGAAGAUCUGAGAUGGAUUUCUCCGAAGAUAAUCUGAAAGGGUUUGUCUUGGCUCUUCUCUCAAGUGGAUUUAUAGGGGCAAGCUUUAUAAUCAAGAAGAAAGGUCUGAAACGUGCUGCAGCUUCUUCUGGAGUUCGAGCAGGAGUUGGUGGCUAUUCUUAUCUUUUGGAGCCUCUGUGGUGGGCAGGCAUGACCACAAUGAUUGUGGGAGAGGUAGCAAAUUUUGUGGCAUACGCAUUUGCUCCAGCUGUUCUGGUUACCCCUCUUGGUGCCUUAAGUAUCAUUGUCAGUGCUGUAUUGGCUCAUUUUUUCUUGAAGGAGAGGUUGCACAAACUUGGGAUCUUGGGCUGUGUGAUGUGCAUUUCUGGUUCAGUUGUAAUUGUUGUCCAUGCACCGCAGGAGCGUCCCAUCACUUCCGUUCAGGAAAUCUGGAGUAUGGCAACUCAAACAGCAUUUUUGUUUUAUGUGGUGUCAGUGAUCAUUCUGGUUUUCAUUCUGGCUUUCCAUUUUGCACCACAAUGCGGGAAUACAAAUGUACUGGUUUACACAGGCAUUUGUUCUUUGAUGGGCUCCCUCUCGGUGAUGAGUGUCAAAGCCAUUGGAACUUCCUUGAAAUUAACCUUUGAGGGUAACAACCAGUUGAUCUACCCAGAGACAUGGUUCUUCUUGUUGGUAGUGGUUACCUGUGUCAUCACACAAAUGAAUUAUCUCAACAAGGCUCUUGAUACCUUCAACACGGCAAUUGUUUCUCCUAUAUAUUAUGUCAUGUUCACAACUCUUACAAUUCUUGCAAGUGUCAUAAUGUUUAAGGAUUGGGAUGGCCAAAGUGUGGGGAGCAUUAUAUCAGAAAUAUGCGGCUUUGUUGUUGUGCUUUCUGGGACCAUUUUAUUACAUGUGACAAAGGACUUUGAUAGAAGUUCCUCCUUUAGAGGUAAUUAUUCACCAUUGUCUCAAUCAUUAUCGGCCCGACUCUGCAGUGGAAAUGCGGAGUAUUGAAGCGUGAUGAGGAAAAUGUGAAAACUUGAGACGAAAUCUACUUACGGAGACAAGAACUGUACUAGUAGCUUGAUACAUUCCAAGAAAUGAUUCACCUUGAAAUCACUGGAUAGAAUGUGAAACCUUGGUGGAAAUUUUGCAUAUUUGAGGAAAGGAUAUACAGUUCCAAUAGUUCCACAGUAUUAGUUCAGGUCAAGAUGGAUUCCAGAAGGAUACCAAGUCUCUAGGGAAUGGAAAUUCACAGAAUUUAUUUCGGCAGUUUCCAUCACAAGCAGUGUUUUUUCUAUGAAGAUGGCUGCUGUGGCUUUACUUGCCAGGAUACAUACUAUUGAAGACUUGCACAGAGUUCUUGGAGUUGCUGGUCCUUACGGAUGUUUUGCAUAAUGUUUUGUGUUUGUGGUGAAAGCAAAUAUAUCCAUUCACUGAAUUAUAGAGGCCCAGCUUUCAAUGAGGACCUUGGUUUUUUUCCUCUUUUUCUACACAGGAACUGUCUGCACUGCAAAUACAAGCAUAUUUGGGACUAAGGUUUCAUGGAGGUGGAAUUCAACAACUUUUACACUUUUUUUUUGGCUGUUUCAUUAAUUGUAAAACUGAUAAAUGUUUGUAUAGUGUUUGUAAUUAAUCUAUUGCAGUCUUCUUGGUAGAUGAGUAAUAUGUGCACGCUAAUAUUACAAUUUAGUAUAUUAAAAGUAGUACCGCGUAUAAAAUGGUUAUUCAUGAGCA